UUCAAAAGAGACGUCAAAGUGUUCAUUUGUUCUCAGAGAGAUAAAAAAAAUUGUUUUUUUUUUAAUAUUUCUUCUGUUUAUUUUUUUAUUGUUGUUUUUUCUUAAAUAAAGAAAUAAAAAAUUUAAUUAUUAAUUUUAAUUUUUUUAAAAAUAAAUUUCAAAGUGAAAAUUUAUAAUAGUUUUUAAUUAAUUUUUCUGGUGAAUAGAAAAAAUAAUAAUAAUGAAUUCAAAAUCACCGAGUUAUCAAUUUUUAAAUGCCGAUAAAACUGAGGAAAUGCUUAAAGUAUUUCAAGGUGAACGAACUGGUUGGGUGCAAGUUGGUGAAAAAAAAUGGUUUUUCCCUUAUAGAUACACGGAACAGGGUGAAGGAUUUUAUAAUUUUAAAUCAAAAUCCUCAGACACGUGGGUUGUUUCUUAUCCAAGAUCCGGCACAACCUGGACUCAGGAACUUGUUUGGCUUUUAAGUAAUAAUUUAGAUUAUGAAACAGCUGGAAAAAUAACUCUUGCCGAAAGAUUCCCCUUUUUAGAAUUUAGUAUGUUCAAUCAUCCGGAAGUGACGAAAGCACUUUUAAAUUGGAACAAAGGAGAUCCGGCGAAACAACAACUGUGCAAAGAAAUUGCAAGACCCGGAUAUCAAGUUUUAGAAUCACUUCCGUCACCUCGAUUUAUUAAAACACAUUUUCCCCUUAGCCUUUUGCCAAAUAUUUUAGAUUCUGGGUGUAAAAUCGUUUACGUUGCUAGAAAUCCAAAAGAUGUCGCUGUUUCUUGGUACAUUCAAAAUAAAGCUUUUAUCACACAAGGUUAUAUUGGCGAGUUUCCAGAAUUUUGGAAUUACUUUAAAAAUGAUUUAACCGCUUGGAGUCCUUAUUGGGAACAUUUAAAGGAGGCUUGGGCUCAAAGAAAUCAUAAAAAUCUCCUUUUCCUUUUUUACGAAGAAUUACAAGCUGAUCUUUUGUCGACAAUAAAAAAAGUAUCAAAAUUUCUCUCUAAAUCGUACAACGACAAUGAACUAAAGAAAUUAGUGGAUUAUUUGGAUAUAAAAAAUUUUAAAAACAAUCGAAUGGUAAAUUUUGAGGAAUUACAAGAUUGUGGAAUACUUUUGAUGAAAGGAGUUUUUGUCAGACAGGGACAAAAUGGCAAUUGGAAAUCAGUAUUUAGUGAAGAAAUUGAAAAUGAAGCCAAUCAAUGGAUCGCUGACAAUUUAAAGGACACGGAUUUGAUAUUUCCCAUAAAAAAUUGAAUUUCAUAAAUAAAAAUAUAUUUAUUUUUCCCAAAUUAAUAUUUAGAAAUUAUUAUAUUUAGCAAAAUUUUAAUUUAAUUAAUAAUAAUUUAUCUUGUAUUAAAAUUUGUAAAUAGAUUAAAUAAAUUUUUUUAACAUAUGUA